GGAGGAUCGGUAAAGGUUAAAAAUGAGAAGAAAUUUGUCUCCAGGAAGCUCAAACAUGGCACACCAGUUUUGUUGACUCUGUCUAGAUAUUUAAUAAGUGGAGCAAGGGAUUCAAUCGACCAUCCUUCCUACUCACACUGUGGGGAGGGAUUAACUUGGUCAUUUGACCAACUGGCAAGCCCGUCAUUUUACACAGGAGAAAGGCCAUUCACUUGCUCAGAAAGUGGGAAUGGAUUCACUCAGUUAUCUCAAUUGGAAGGUACAAGUUCACACUGGGCAAGGCCAUUCAUCUGUUCUGUGUGUGAGAAAGGAUUCAGUUGGUCUUCCCACCUGUGGACACACCAGUCAGUUCACACCACACUGGGCAGAGGCUGGUCAUCUGCUGAAUUUCUGGGAAAGGAUUCACUCAGUCAUUUGACCUAAUGGCUCACCAGCGAGUUCACACCAGGGAGCGGCCGUUCACCUGCUCAGUCUGUGAUAAGAGAUUCACUCACUCUUCCACCCUAUGGAAACACCAGCGAGUUCAUACUGGGGAGAAGCCAUACAUCUGCUCAGUCUGUGGGAAGAGAUUCACUGAGUCAUCCACCCUACUGGUACAUCAGCGAGUUCACACUGGGGAGAAGCCGUUCACCUGCUCUGUCUGUGGGAAGGGAUUUACUCGGUUAUCCCACCUACAGAGUCACGAGCGAGUUCACACUGGGGAGAGGCCUUUCACCUGCUCAGUAUGUGGGAAGGGAUUCACUGAUCCAUCCAACCUACAGAGACAUCAGCGAGUUCACACUGGGGAGAAGCCGUUCAUCUGCUCAGAAUGUGGGAAAGAAUUCACUGAGUUAUCCAACCUGCAGAGUCACCAGCGAGUUCACACUGGGGAGAAACCGUUCACCUGCUCAGAGUGUGGGAAAGGAUUCACUGAUUCAUCCACCCUACAGAGUCAUCAGCGAGUUCACACUGGAGAGAAGCCGUUCACCUGCUCAGAAUGUGGGAAAGGGUUCACUCAUUUAUCCAACCUACGGAGACACCAGAGAGUUCACACUGGGGAGAAGCCAUUUACCUGCUCAGAAUGUGGGAAAGAAUUCACUGAGUUAUCCAACCUGCAGAGUCACCAGCGAGUUCACACUGGGGAGAAACCGUUCACCUGCUCAGAGUGUGGGAAAGGAUUCACUGAUUCAUCCACCCUACAGAGUCAUCAGCGAGUUCACACUGGAGAGAAGCCGUUCACCUGCUCAGAAUGUGGGAAAGGGUUCACUCAUUUAUCCAACCUACGGAGACACCAGAGAGUUCACACUGGGGAGAAGCCAUUUACCUGCUCAGAAUGUGGUAAAGGAUUCAGUGAGUCAUCCACCCUACUGGUACAUCAGCGAGUUCACACUGGGGAGAAGCCGUUCACCUGCUCAGAAUGUGGGAAAGGAUUUACUGCUUCAUCCACCCUGCAUAGUCACCAGCGCGUUCACACUGGGCAGAAGCCUUUCACCUGCUCAGUCUGUGGGAAAGGAUUCACUCGGUCAUCCAACCUACAGAGUCAUCAGCAAGUUCACACUGGAGAGAGGCCAUUCACCUGCUCAGUCUGUGGGAAGAGAUUCUCUCAUUCAUCCACCCUACAGAAUCAUCAGCGAGUUCACACUGGGGAGAAGCCAUUCACCUGCUCAGUCUGUGGGAAGAGAUUCACUCAGUCAUCCCAAGUACAGAGUCAUCUGCGAGUUCACACUGGGGAGAAGCCGUUCACCUGUUCAGAAUGUGGGAAGGGAUUUACUCAGUUAUCCCAACUACUGAGUCAUCAGCGAGUUCACACUAGGGAGAAGCCGUUCACCUGCUCAGUCUGUGGGAAGGGAUUCACUGAUCCAUCCAACCUACAGAGUCAUCAGCGAGUUCACACUGGGAAGAAGCCGUUCACCUGUUCAGAAUGUGGGAAGGGAUUUGCACAGUCAUCCCAACUACUGAGUCAUCAGCGAGUUCAUACUGAUGAGAGACCAUUCCCCUGCUCAGUCUGUGGAAAGAGAUUCACACAUUCAUCCACCCUACAGAGACACCAGCGAGUUCACACUGGGGAGAAGCCAUUCACCUGCUCAGUCUGUGGGAAGAGAUUCACUCGGUCAUCUGACCUACAGAGUCAUCAUCGAAUUCACACUGGGAAGAAGCCAUUCACUUGCUCAGAAUGUGGGAAGAGAUUCACUCAUUCAUCCACCCUACAGAAUCACCAGCGAGUUCACACUGGGGAGAGGCCAUUCCCCUGCUCAGUAUGUGGGAAGAGAUUCACUCGCUCUUCCACCCUGCAGAGACAUCAGCAAGUUCACAAUGGGGAGUGGCCAUUGUUAUGAAUCCCUAGGUUUCAUUUGCUGUGGACUGUCAUUUGAAGAGAGAGACAGAUAUUAAGAAGGUGAAUCAGUCUGACUUACAGCUUAUUUACAUCGCUCGCAGCUUGUUUAGUUUUAACCGAUGACACAGACACUCAGAGUCAGAAGGAGGAAAAACGGAAGGAUCAAAAUCCAGGAACCAGCGGCCAAGGGUCUGAUGCGCCAUCAAUAACUCUCGGAGACCUGAGGCGAGAUAUGGGCUUUUAUUAGCUGAAAAAUUGAACACUCUCAGCAGCAGAACAGCAAGAGAUCAAAGAGCCGUUCCUCCAAUCUCCUUUAUACAGGGGUCUGUGGGAGGACAUAGGAGCAGUCAGCAAGGGGGGGGGGGGGGCGUGUCCAGUCAGGUAUAUGUAGUUCACCACAGGGUCGCUCUUUAGAACUUUCCUAUGCCCACAAUGGUAGGUUAAUUAUCAAUUCACCAUACUUCGAAUGUGUGGUUGUGACCCUGUUUGAUCCAUAUCAGUGGAUCUGUUUUGAGGUAUCCUGUGAAGACCACUGACGUCUUAACCCUUGCCUAGAUGUGGUGUGGUAAUUCAUUUGAAGACAAUACCCCUUGUGACAAGUCACUUUCGGUAAUAAUUCAUAUGUGGAUUUGGAAUGAUGACAGAUAAAGUAUACAGCAACUGUCCUCUCAUUUUACCACCAUGGAACCUGUGGAAUUUGACAUAAUUGCCUUCUCUUGAUAUUUACCCUGGAUUACAAAUAUCUCUUAUCAUCUAUUCUGUGGAUGAACUGAACUUUCGCACUUUACCAUCUCAAGACUCCAAGCCUUGUUUCCCCUGAGCUCAAUAGUUUGGGAGUUAUAUUUACACACGUCUAUACACAUAACACUGUUAACUUCUGUUUAUCUUGUUUAAUUUGCAAUUUUUUUAAGUAGAUUCUAUUAAAGAUAGUGGUUUUAACA